AUUGAAUUCACAAUUUCAAUUAAAUAUUGAUCGAACUUUUUCUUCUUAUUUUUGAAAGAAUAUAAUAUGAUAUGAUUCUUAAAAUGUGAUAAUUUUGCCAUGAAUGAUAAUGAUCUUAAAGCCGUUAAAAAAGUGAUUCUGAAGGCUUGUUAUCAUUUUGUAUAGACUCUCUUAAGCUUGUACUGUAGCAGCAAUGUUGAUUCUGUUCCUUUCUAUCUUCCUCUUCUUGCUCUUCUUAUUCAAAUUCGCCACCGCCUAUGGCGAUUUCACUUUGAUGUCAAAGAAGCAACCAAAACGCCAACUUAUUGAAGAUAAGGUUUUUUGGAUUACUGGUGCAAGCCGUGGAAUUGGGGUAAUUCUAGCUCAACAACUUGCAAGUUUAGGGGCCAAGUUAAUAAUCUCUGCAAGGAAUGAAGCUGAACUAAACCAAGUAAAGUCGCAGCUGAAAGGUAAGCAUGCACCUGACGGGGUCAAGGUUUUACCGUUGGAUUUAACGUCUGGAGAAGAUUCUCUUAGGAAGGUUGUCGACAUAGCAGAAUCAUUUUUCCCGGAUUCCGGUGUUGAUUACAUGUUCCAUAACGCUGCUUUUGAGCGUCCUAAAUCAUCUCUCUUAGACGUAACCGAGGAUGGUCUCAAGGCAACAUUUGAUGUCAAUGUUCUGGGAACAAUAACUCUUACAAAGCUCUUGGCACCUUUCAUGUUGAAGAGAGGGAAAGGUCAUUUUGUGGUGAUGAGUAGUGCAGCAGGAAAAACACCUGCCCCAGGUCAGGCUAUAUACUCCGCUUCUAAAUUUGCACUAAAUGGAUACUUCCAUUCCUUGCGUUCAGAGCUCUGUCAGAAAGGAAUCCAGGUAACUGUUGUCUGUCCUGGUCCCAUAGCAACAUCAAAUAACUCUGGAUCGCAGGUUCCAUCUGAGAAGCGUGUGUCGGCGGAGAAGUGUGCUGAGCUGACGAUUAUUGCCGCAACUCAUGGCUUAAAGGAAGCUUGGAUAUCAUAUCAGCCUGUCCUUGCUGUCAUGUACCUUGUUCAGUACAUGCCAACUAUUGGUUAUUGGCUCAUGGACAAGGUUGGUAAAAGUCGAGUGGAGGCUGUUGCAGAAAAGGGAAACACUUAUUCUUUGAGCCUACUAUUUGGAAAAAAGAAGGCAGUGUGAUGCCUAUAGAUGCAUUUUUUUUAAAAAAUAAAAUAUCAAAUACAAUUUACUUGUAGGUUAUUUUAUCAAACUGAGUAACACCCUUUCUGACCAAGGACAGAUUAAAGUAUACAAACUAUCUAAUUGAACAAUAAAAGGGUAAUACAGUACUCUAAAUUUCCUGCAAUAGCUAAAACUAAGGAAGAGCCGAACCUUGCAUUUGCAUGAGAUGAAUUCCAAGGGUGCAAUUUGUGGUCUUCUAUUCAAAGAAUGAAAUUUUAGGAAGGAGAAUAUUUUUUUUCUUCUUUUCA